GAAGUGUUUUGGGUGGGCAAGCGGGUCCAAGAGGUCACACUACUGAAAGACAAAGUGCUUCAGACAACCUCAACCACAAAGAAGCACAUCCAUCUUGGCAUGCCAGUCUUGAAGGACGUUGCCACAGGAAUUAACAUCUUGAAUCAGAAUGGAAACUCAAAGGGAAAACACCAAUGCCUGUGGGAUAAUUUGUCUGAAGUAUCUUCUAUUUAUAUUUAACAUCCUUUUUUGGCUGGCAGGGGGUGCAUUGCUAGGCGUGGGUGUGUGGACUUUGGUGGAGAAGAGUGACUAUAUCAAUCUACUAAACUCCAGCUUCUACUCCGCAUCCGCUUACGUCCUGAUCACGGCCGGGGCCGUCGUGAUCGUCACCGCCAUCAUCGGAUGUUGCGCUACACUGCGGGAGAUUAAGAGUCUGUUGAUUGUGUAUUUGGUCCUGUUGCUGGCUGUAUUUCUGCUGGAAAUCGUCACAGGUGUCUUGGCAUUUAUUACCUACCAAGAGUGUUUCCCUUUCUGCCACCAGCUGGAUGAGGAAUUAAGGGAGAACCUGAAGGUCACCAUGCAGCAGAAAUAUCAACAAGAUGGGGAGGAAACCAUCACAAAUGCUGUGGACAAGCUUCAUCAGGAGUUCCAGUGCUGUGGCAGUAACAGCUCUUUGGACUGGAAAGACAGCAUUUGGAUCCGGGUCGCACAGGAUUCGCGACUUGUUCCAGACAGCUGCUGUAAAACUCCCAGCAACCUCUGCGGCCUCAGAGACCAUCCCUCCAAUGUUUACAAAGUGGAGGGAGGUUGUGUCGUGAAAUUGGAGGAGUUCAUUCUCAGUCAGUUGUAUAUUGUUGGCGCACUGGGCAUUGGGAUUGCAGUUUUACAGAUAUUUGGGAUGAUGUUUACUUGCUGCCUUCAUCAAAACCUGAAAGAUGAGCCACACUAAUGUAGGACUUUUUGAAUGUUUACACAGAUGAGUGCUUUGGUGCUGAAGUGCCCUCAAUUGACAAGUUUGGAAUUUUACACACUUGAGUUGCUGUUAUGCUGCUGGGCAGCACUUCACUCUGCAAACUGUUGUCUUCUUAUUUAUGACAAGGAUAAUGUAAAAAAAAUUUUAGCUUGGUGUGGAUGUUUACUUGUACUACACUGCUGUACUUGGUGUGCCACAUAGUUUUGUUAAAGAAUAAUGCAUCCGCUGCCUAAUAUAAAACAAUAAAACCAAUUGUGUUACCCUGGAUGCAAAUAGAAAGGCAUUUUUAUAUAUUACUGUCAAUACAUUAUCGUGAUAAUGUCAUGCAGCCCCAAUUCCAGUGAAGUUGGGAUGUUAAGUAUGAAUAAAAAAUACAAUGAUUUGCAAAUUAUGUUAAACCUAUAUUAAAUUAAAUACAUUACUACAACAUGAGAUUUAAUGUUAAAAAAUGAUGAACUGUACUACGACCCUAUAUUAUUGGAGCACAUGCAGAAUGUGGUUUAGCAUUGUCUUGUUGAAAUAAGCAGGGGCAUCCAUGAAAAAGACAUUGCUUGGAUGGCAGCAUAUGUUUCUGCAAAACCUUUAUGUAGCCUCCCUUUUAGCAUUAAUGGUACCUUUACAUACAAGUAAAUUACCCAUGCCAUUAGCACUACUACCCCAUACCAUUUGAAAUGUUGGCUUUUGAACGGAGCAGUGUUAGCAACUUCGGUUGUUUUUAUCCUCUUUAGUCUGUAUGAAAUAGAACAGUUUCCCACUUGUGACACUCCAUUUUAAAUGACCCCCAGCCCAGAGAAAUUGCCUGUGCAUGGCAGAUGGCAUGGUGGAUUGUAUUGACAGACUAUGGUUUGUGGAAGUAUUGCCGAGUGAAUCAAUUAUGUGAUUUCCUUUACAGUAGCAUUUCUUUUUGUGGUGCAGUGUUGUUAAAGGUCCAAAGGUCAGAGGCAUCCAGUAUGGUUUUUCAGCCUUGCUACUUGCAUGCAGUGAUUUCUCAGGAUGCGCUGAAGCUUUUGAUGAUAUUAUGGACUGUCAAAGAUGAAAUCCUGAAAUUCCUUGCAAUAGUGAUGGGUCCAGUGAUACUAAUGCGCCGGCGCGCGCGCCGAGCUCAUGGAGCAACCCCUGCGUCGGUGCGCGUAUCGCUACAAGAAAAUCACGUGACCGAUGCAUGAACUCAUUGAACUGUGUCGACACAGUCAUGACGCGGCAAACUGGUUCAAAAGGAAGCGCGUCUGUCAACGCGAGGGAGUUGCUGAAACAGUCCACAUCUCACGGUUACUUCCUCGUUGUCUACCUGCUGUGGAAAUGGACAUAAGACAGGGAAAACGCACUUGUCAUCAUUCAUUCAAAAUACAAUUAAUUUUAAGGUAAAGCUUAGUUUAUUAGUGUGACGGGUGCACGCGGGUCCGUCGAUUGCCGUCCCUUGUCUUUAAACUACGCACCGGUGUUUGAUCCGCUAGCAUAGUGGUCAGAGCAAACGCCUCUCGUCCCAACACGUCGUGCGCGUGGGUUCGAAUCCUGGUCAGAUUGCAAUUAUCGGGUCCUUACGCGAUCCCCAAAGUUUUGAUUUUACUAUCAAAAGUUAUUUUUUUGCAGGUGAAAUGUCGCAUUUGUACUUUGUAUAUGACUAACCUGUCAUAUAAAAACAGUUGCCACCGCCUCAUUGCUGAAGCAUUACUGGCCAAGCAUGAGAAUGAAGUUUCUGAUAAUCCCCAAAUAAACACAGGUAUAGAACCAUUCCUUUUAUUUUCACACAGUCACUUUUUUGGUAAUUUAUUAGAAAUCUGUAAUUAAGCUAUAAUUUAUUUUUUUGUCCACUUCAAUUUCUUUCUGACGGGCUAUGGUAGCACUUAGAUGACAAAGUGGGGAGUCAAGGAGGAAAUGCAACUGUAGAUGAAAUUGCAAAAGUGCAACGAUGCAUGGCUGAGCCGAACAUGGCACGCAAUGCCGAUUUUCUUCGAUACUGGAGGAGCCAAUGGAUAUCUUAUCCAAACCUCUUUCAACUGGAAAUUCUUGUACAUGCCGGCAUUGUUGGUUCCAUGCGAGUGUGUUGUCCACAGCAGGCUUGUUAAAAAAAACAACAACAACAACAACUAAAUUUAAAAACAAAAACAAAAAAACAAAACGGUUUUUGAAUAAAAUUUUAUCAGAAAAAAAAAGUCCACAGGCAUUCCUUAUUCACCCAUUCAUUAUUACUUACAUUUUCACAUUAUAAUAUAUGUUCACAUGAUGUAAAGAUAUGGACUAAUGCAAUAUGAAUGCAAAGACUUAAAUGAUUUGAUUUUACAUGCUAUGUCAUCAAUUCAGUGUCAGUCUGUCAAGUGGGUUGCCUGUAGGGUUUUUUUAUGUCCAGCAGGUGUCAGUUUUCAAUGACACAGUAUCCACACUGUGUCAACACAAUGUGUCACUGUGUCGACACGCUUCAUGAGGUUUCACGGACCCAUCACUACCUUGCAAUUGUACAUUGAAUAACAUUGUCCUUAAACAGUUAUAAUAUUUUCUCACACACUUGUUCACAAAGAGGUGAACCUCACCCCAUCUUUAAUUGUGAAUGACUGAGCAAUUCAGGGAAGCGCCAUUUAUACCCAGUCAUGGCACCCACCUGUUUUGAAUUAGCCUAUUCAGCUGUGGGAUGCUCCAAACAGGUUUUUGAUGAACAUUCAACUUUUUCAGUCUUUUCCCACCUGCCCCAGCACUUUUGGGACAUUUGCAGCAAUAAAAUUCUAUUUUAAUGAUUUUUACUAAAAGCAAUCAUGUUUAUCAGUUUGAACAUUAAACUGCAUACAACACCAAAAAGCAUGUCUAUUCCAUAUUUCACGCGGUGUUUUAUGC